AUGAUGGGAGAAAACCAAACCAAACAAACCAAAACUACAGGCGAGAAGAACCGAGCUCUGCAGAGAUGGAUUGAUGCGAGGAAAUUCGCCGCUCGGGCAAUACGGAAGAAAGCACACCCGCAACGCGAGGUGGACCGAGAGAGACACGACACCGCAGCGGCCGUCAAGGCGGCCGCGAAGAACAAGGCACGAGAGGGCGACCCAUCGUUCGGCACGUUCAGCGUACGCACGCUCGCCUACAGAGUGGCGCCCGUGCUGGCACCNUCAAUUGCACACGACGGGUACGUGAUCAUUUGGAGUGGCGCCCGUGCUGGCACCAAGGACAAGAGGGGCGUACACGGUGUGGGCAUAGCGAUCAAGGAGGUCAUGUGGGAAAGUGUGGGCGAGGAAGGUAGGACGGUGGAGUGCAUUCGCCCGAGGCUGAUGAAGGCGCGUCUACAAAUUGGCCGCACCUGCGGAGUAACUUUUGUGGUAGGGUACGCCCCCACGGAAACUGUCCGCACCACCGCGGGCGGUGAUGUCAACGCCAAGGACUCCUUCUGGACUGCUCUCGACGCAGCGAUCCGGGAGCACACAUUCCAGAGCUCCAACAAGGGAAAGGAGAAGUACCGCCUCGACUUCAUCCUCAUGCGUCAGGCGGACCGGCGUUUCGUGCGCAAUGUCUCCGUCAAACGUGUCGACUUCAAAGACUCUGACCACAACCUCGUGCUUACGACUGUCCGCCUCCCCCCCCGUGUCGCACCCAACCGACGAGUGCGGGGGAACAGCGGAAGCAGCCGGAUCCGUAUCGACCUCGAGCGAUUAACGAAGGACAAACACCCACGGGUCGCCUUCCGAAAUAGGGCCUCCAGCUGCCCUACACCCACGGCGCUCAGGCGGCCAACGGGAGAGACCGCCGCCGAGCUGACGGCUACGGUGAUGUCGGCCGCUGCUGAGACCGCGCCGCUGGCGAGAUGCGCACGAGGGCAGAGAGGCUGGUACACGAGCGAAGCGCAGCACGAGAUUUCUGAAGCGUCUGAAGAGAUUACGGCGGCCCAGCAGCAACUGCGUGGGGCCUCAAAGAACAGCGCCUUCGAGGCGACCCUGAAGGCGAUGCUCAAGGCGGCGCGGAAGAAGCGCAGCAUCGCGAGGUGGAGAGCACUGGAAACGUUCUUCGAGGGCUAUGUACGGCAGCUCGAGAAGAAGAGCCGCGAGAGGGAUCAGGCGGGUUUCUACAGACACCGCAUGAUGAUCGACGUCGAAGGUAAGAGGCCGUUCACCUCUCAGAACAUCAAGGACGAGGACGGCAAGGUCCUUCGGGACCCCACGUUUAUUCGCCAACGGUGGGCACGGUGGUUCCACAAGCUUCUCAACACCAAGUCGCCGACCAUCGACCUGCAUGCGGCUGACAAGGUCAAGCGGUGGCCCAUGUGCGUGACACUCGACGACAUCCCAUUUCUACUUGAGGUUGAGGAAGCGGUACGGGAAAUGGCCAACAGAAAGGCCGUCGGGCCGGACGACCUACCGGCUGAGCUGAUCAAGCUUUUCCUGGACGGAGAUCAAGGUCUCCUCCGCGAAUUCCACGCCAUUGUCGUGGACGUGUGGCAGACUGGGGACGUACCACAGCAGUGGAAGGAUGCCACCAUCAAAGUGCUGUUCAAGAAGGGGGACACGAUGGAGUGCGGCAACUACCGGGGCAUCUCGCUCGUCGCACACGCCGGCAAGGUGCUGCUUAAGGUUGUCGCUACACGACUGAGUCACUACUGCGAGCGUGAGGGCAUCCUCCCGGAGGAACAGAGCGGUUUCCGCCCACACCGGUCGACGCUCGACAUGCUGUUCGCCAUCCAGCGGCUCCAUGAGCUCGCGAGGAAGAAGAGUACUGCGGUGUGCGACGUGGGCCAAGGUCUCCGACAGGGAUGCAACCUGGCCCCGCUGCUGUUCAACUUGUUCUUUGCCGCGAUGCUCAUGGUUGCAGUGACCGAGUUCGACAAGGACCCCAAGGUGACGGCGGAUAUGAUCAAGAUCGCAACACGAGUGGAGUGCACGGGCAAGAGGGGCAGGUCGGCGGGGAAGAAGGCGAUGAUGGUGACGGUCGCAGAGGCCUUGUGAGACAUGCUCUACGCUGACGACGCGGCC